ACGAUACGCGAGUCGCCGGUGAAAAAUAGUAUACCUAUCGUAUCGCCGCGCGCAGCGUCACACAAUCGCCACCGGUCCGUCCGGAACAACGGGUCAUUGAUUCGGUCUCUGCCGCCGCCGCCGCCGUCGAUUUCUGCACUCGCACUUGUUGUACGUACAUUUGUUUGUCUUCCGAGUCUGUUUUUUUAAAAAAAAAUUUUCGCGCACUACACGUUCAAAAUUCGAGAAUUUAAUAUCGUCGUUAGAUUUUAAAAUUGUGCACACACACGGUUCGAGUUUUCCACAUACGGUUCGCCGUUUCGAUAAUAAUAUAAAACAAUAAUAUACCAAUCAUCAAUUAUAUUAUUAUUAUUGUACAAUAGUAAUAACUCCGGAAAUUCGCACGCAUCGUGCUAUUCGCCGAUAUUAUUUGUUAAUAAUAUACCGCCGUUUCAGUGGAGUUCUGUUGGACGUCUCGUAAUCCGCGUCACGAAUUUCCCAGUCCGUUAGGUUUGAAAAAAACAGAACGAUCGUCUAUCCUUAUGCAUCAAUGACUAUCAUGUCGAGACGAACUGCGCCAUGCGGUUGAGGAGACAUCAACGACAGUUAAACGAGAAAACAUUAUUCAUCAAUUUACACUACUGUGCUGAUAUCGAUCAAUAUUCGUGCUCUCGCUGAAAAUAUAUACAUACCUAAGUUGCGGUGCAGUAGUCUUCGAAACUACUGAAACAACCAACUACCUACAGUAUUUUUUGUCACGAGAUUAGAAGACACAUCGAAUCCUACAGAAUGAAGAGACAUGGCAUUUAUUCAGCAAUGAAGUCUUCACACGAUCAAACAUUAUUACUUAAGAUGUCCAUCAUUGGAUUAAUCAUUAGCCAGAGUCUAGUGAAAUCGUAUCCCUCGUGGGAUACACAAACUACUCUUACAGAUUUCGGGCGCAAUAUCAGACAAUUGCCAUGCGUCAGCCGGAGAUCCGGAGAGACUGGUGUGUGCAUGUUCGCUUACUCGUGCGCCAAAGCUAAUGGCACCCAUCUAGGCACCUGCAUCGAUAGAUUCUACUUCGGCAGCUGCUGCAAGACCCAGUCGAUCACGGACAUCGACGCGGCCAACGAGCCAGAUAAUUACCUAAACAGCUUGGAUAACAAUGACGUAGGCGGUCCGUCCGCAACGACAGAUACAAAAACGGGAGCGCAACUGCAUCAGCAGCAGACGACUGCAGGCACCACCACCGCCGACAGGUACAGCACGCUGAGGCCCAGCUCGUAUGCAACGGGUUAUCAGCCGUCUACUUCGCAGUCGUACAAGCCCACCGGUCAGUUCGCCGUGUCGUCCACGCCGUCCACCACCACGUCAACGUCCACAUCGCGCACCCAGUACACAGAGAUAUCAGUUUCAAGCGGCACGAAGCCAACGUUCGGAAGCAGCAGCAGCAGCAGCAGCAGCAGUAUCAGCAGCAGUUCUCCGCCGACCGGUUCCAUAUCGUCUUCGUACUCGACUACGAUAUCACAAUCGACGAAACCGAUGCCGUCAACCACUUUUUCAACUGCCAAGCCUAUGGUCAAACCGACCUCGUUCAGACCGCCACCGAUCAGAGACCAGGCCACCACCUCUACAGCCACCGUCACCACGGCGGCCGCCGCCCAAAAGCCAAAGCCUCAGACCGCGAGACCAACGGCGCAGUUCAGCGUGCCUAGCUCAACGGCCGGUUCAUCUUACGAACCGACUGCUAAGCCCUCCACGACCGGUCAGCCGCACACCACGAUUACGUCGAUGCGUCCCGGCCCACCGCACAACUCCACCGUAACGGCCACGUUCUCCACCACCAAACCCGUCGUCAAACCGUCGAGCACCACCUACAAAUCGACUAUCGCAUCCGCGGCCCCGUCAACGACGACCAUGUCCACGUCCACUCAAAAGGCCAAGCCGCAGACCGUGGCCAAGCCCGCCCCGACGACGGCUAAACCGAAACCUACCACCAUCGGCAAACCAGAUGCGACCGGGUCCACUAUCGAAUCCGCGACUGGAUCUACGUACACGGCUGGAUCCACGUACACGACUGGAUCCACGUACGCGACCGGGUCCACGUACGCGACUCGCUCGACGGUCGAAAACGUCACAGAAAUCGUCUCCAAUUUCACUUCGGCCACUGCCAACGGUCAGUAUCAGACACCCAGUUACGGCAGCAUGACAACCGUCACUUCUACAUCACCGACUCUGGUCACUUGGACCACACUUGACAAAGUCCCCGUUGUACCGGCUGAAAACACGAAGCCACCGCCACCGAGCAUGACGCACAAACCAUCGGUCACAGACGGUUCGACACUCCCUUCUUGGGUCAAACUUCCAGUCGAGACACAUGAGCCCAACACUGUCAGCACGCCGAUGAAAGAAAGCAGUUCUGGUGCAUACUCGUCUACGAUGACAAUGUCCAAGCCGACGACCCCCCCUAGUCCGUCCGACAAUGAUAUCGUUGUUAUAAAUAAUUCCGAAACGACCUACACUAGCACCCAAAAUCCUUCAAGUACAUUGUCAAUGCUCUCGCAAUCGACAUCAACAGACUCCGUCGAAGCAGGAAAUGCUCCUCUCAAUAUGUCCAACUACAAAGAUGUUUGUGGAAGACGACUUUUCCCAACGGCUAGAAUAGUAGGAGGUGAAAAAGUUUCCUUUGGCAAAUGGCCGUGGCAGAUUUCAUUAAGACAGUGGAGAACGUCUACGUACUUACACAAAUGUGGAGCGGCAUUAUUCAACGAAAACUGGGCUGUAACUGCUGCGCAUUGUGUUGAAAACGUUCCUCCAAGUGACUUACUCCUCAGACUCGGUGAACACGAUUUAUCAGUAGAAGAAGAACCUUACGGUUACGAAGAACGAAGAAUACAAAUAGUUGCAUCACAUCCACAGUUCGAUCCCAGAACUUUUGAAUAUGAUUUAGCACUUUUGCGAUUCUAUGAACCUGUAAAGUUUCAACCUAAUAUCAUACCUGUUUGCGUUCCUGAGGAUGAUUCAAAUUUUGUUGGAUCGUCUGCCUACGUCACCGGAUGGGGGAGAUUAUAUGAAGACGGCCCUCUACCUAGUGUUCUACAAGAAGUAACAGUUCCUGUGAUCAACAAUUCCGUUUGUGAAACCAUGUACCGUGCAGCAGGAUACAUUGAACACAUACCAGAUAUAUUUAUCUGUGCUGGUUGGAAAAAAGGAGGUUUCGAUUCGUGCGAAGGUGAUUCCGGUGGACCGAUGGUAAUUCAAAGACCGGACAAGAGAUGGCUACUAGCUGGUAUCAUAUCGUGGGGCAUUGGAUGUGCUGAACCAAAUCAACCCGGUGUAUACACCAGAAUUUCAAAGUUCAAAGACUGGAUCAAUCAAAUAUUGCAAUUUUAACGGACAAGACAAACGCAACACUCGACAUUUCCAUUAUCAUUAUCAAGUUGGUCGGUUAUACGACCACAGUUUUUAGACAAUUUUUUUUUGUUCCUAAUGAUUUUAUACAGUACUCAUAGUAUGUUUUUUUUCGCACGACUUGCAACAAAAGAACAUCAUGCGGGAUGGUCAGUUUAAGUGUCAUCGAUCAGUAUGAAUAGUUUCUAAUUUUGUUCGUAUACGUUUAUUGCUAAUAGGAGAGACGUUUUAUUUACAGCGAACACAGCCGUUUUAUAGAUCUCUGUAGACUAUUACGUCAACGGACGCAAUUUAAUAGAACAUCUUUUUAGAUAGAUAUUGAUUGACAUGUCACACAUUGUAUACUUGUUAUAGUUGUUUCCACUAGAUGUAUGUCUCAUUAUUCUUAUACAUGUGGAAGCACGCUCAUAUUUAAACUAUUGAAUUGUCCAUCAGACAUCAGUGUAAUACUCGGCAGAGACCUUCACGAAUUGAUUUUUCUACACGAAGGACACAAUAUUGUUACGACUCACAAUGUUCCUUUUAUU